CAGCUCGCUCGCCCGGGAGUCGGGAGGGUGGUUUACUGGGCGAGCCUUUUGAACUGGACAUGGCCGGGUGGAUUUCAGAGUUGAAGGCCAGCUUCGGAUGGCAGUUCCUGCUCACAAUCUUCUACUACCACCACGUGAUGAAAGGCUUCGUGCUGAUGUACGUCUACACCUCCUUCGACUGGGUCAUGGCUUCGCACCACGUGCGCGGCCCCCGCCUGCAGGCGCUGAAGACGGCGGCCCUGCUGCCUUGGGUGCUGAAGCCCAUCCUGGGCAUCGCCAGCGAUAUGUUUCCCAUCUGCGGCAAGAGCAAGGCGCCGUACAUCAUCAUGGCCACGCUGGUGGGCUGCCCCGCCUGCUGUUUCAUCGGCUGCCACGAGAAGCUGGACAUGUCCCAUGAGUUGAAGACCUCUGCCGCGGUGAGCGCCUUCUUCUGCGUGGGGGUCCAGAUCUGCACCUGCGACUUGUUGCUGGAGGCGGUGAUCGCGGAGCGCGUCCGGAAGAGCCCCGGCCAAGGUCCAAGUCUCAUGGCCUUUGCCAACGGGGGGCAGACUGCUGGAGAGGCCUUUGCCAUCUUGACGGUGGGCUGGGCGCUGGAGCGCUAUGGUCCCCAUGGCCCCUGCCUGCUGGCAGUUCCACUGACCUUCCUGGCGUUGGUCCCCGCCAUGUGCAACUGGCUGGAUGAGCCCUUGCGAGGGCCGGAAGAAUCCCAGCAGCGCAGAAGGGCCUUCUUUUCAUCCGGGGAGACAGGAGGAGAGAUCCCAUUCCUGGUGGCAGCCAUGGGCUUGGGGUCCCUGGUGAUCCUCUACGUGGCCACCAACACCGACGAUUCCAUUCGCGGCGACCCGCUGGACCUGACCGCGGCCACCUACCAGCUCAAGCUGAUCUUACUGGUGGCUUUCGGCAUUCUUGCCGCCUCUUUGUGCCUGCUGAACCCCACCAUCGGCCUCAUGAACGCCUUCUUCGUGCUGCAGAGCACCUCCACCAUCUCGGUGGACGGAGGCGCCUUCUACUUCUUCACGGACGACAGCAGCUCCUACCCCAUGGGCCCCCACUUCUCGGUGUGGUUCUACACCACGGGCCUGGGCAUGGCCGCCAGCGCCUUCGGGAUCUUCGGGCUGUGGAUCUACAAUCGCUACAUGAGUGACUGGACCUACCGCGGGCUUCUGAUUAUCUCCAACCUGCUGUGGAGUCUGGUCUCCUUGCUGAGUGUGCUGGAGUUCACACGCAGGAACCGGGACUUGUUGGGCAUCCCGGACACCGCUUUCGUGCUCAUCGCCACGGUGCUGCAGAGCAUGGUGUCCCGCUGGGCCUACGUGCCCGGGGGGCUUCUGCUUUGCCAGGUCUGCCCGGAGGGCUUGGAGAGUACCAUGUUCGCGCUGCUGGGUGGGUGCCACAAUCUGGGCCGUGCCGUUGCCUCCAUCCUCGGGACUUACCUCUUGGCCUUCUUGGGCGUUGAGCCGGACGGCACGCAGCACGACCGCCACUGCUUCGACCGCCUCUGGAUGGCAGCGGUGCUACAGGCCCUGGCGCCCCUGGUCACGCUGUGCUUGAUCCCCCGGAUGAUCCCAGAUGCUUCUCAGACAGACCCGUUGCGCCUCUCAGGCGGCCCGGUGGCCGGCACCGGCGGCAUGGAAGACAGCGACCCGAAGCUCAGCAUCUCUAUGGCUACGAGGGGCUCACUUUGGCGUAGCUUCAUCUCAGGAGGUGUCGAGCAGGCCGGUUCGAGUGGCGCUUCCCCCGGAAGCGGGGGACCGGCAGCACGGAUGGCGACUUAUGGGACCCAGGCCGACAGCACUGGUGGCAGCAGGCUGGCGGCGUUCUACCAGCGAAAGUCUGUGAGAGGACCCGACCUGCUCUCCAUGACUCACUGGUUGCAAUGAGGGUGAAUUCGACAGAGGUGGCAUCGCAAUCGAAACAAUCAGGCCCCU